AGCGAUCAAUCACAACAAGCGGCAUUCGGCUGGAAUCGGAAGACUGGGUCGACGCCGCCAUCUUGUGCUAGGGAGUCGAUUCAUUAGACGUAGGUACCUGUCUGCAGUCGUGCCUGAGCAAGUACUGCGUAUCUAGGUAAUUACCGUAAAGCUUAACUAAAAAGUAUCCAUCCAUCUGUAUGGUUGUUCGCGCAGCUCAGCCCCCAACAGACGGCGGGUGCCACACGCAUACCGGCCUUACGUGUACCGUAUCUCCAUACCCUAGAAGCCAGUUCUAAGUCCGAAGCGCCUCUUAUCAUUAACAUUCCGAAUCCCCGGUGAAUUCGUCAAAUAAGAAAAGCAGCCGGGCGCUGUGCCUCGACGCCCGUAGCACCCGGCAUGAUCAGCAACACUCGCGUCGUGUUAGCAGCUGCCUCGCUCUCUUCUGUCGCGCCGCGUUUUCCCAACACUUCUUCGACUGCCAGCGGCAACAGCAACAACAACAAGAACAACAACGCCAGCACAAGUGUCAGCGUCGGUGUCGGCAACAACAAAAGCAACAGCACAAGCGCAACAAUAUCCCUGUCGAGCGGCGAGAGUAUCCCCUCGUCGGCAAAGACCAGGCCCGCAAGAACAACCUCCACAUCGAGACAGCAACCGCCGGCCUCCCCACAAGGCGCAACCCCAGAGCCUCGUUAUCCUGAACCCCCCGCUCUGCGCACAAUGUCGGCUUACUUUCCACUUGGAUACAAGGACGCUGCCUACCAGUGGUGGACAAGCGUAACACCGCCAAUAGCACAGCAAAACCUUCUUUCAUACAUCCCUUACAUCAAAGCCUCGCUGGGGGCAGCCGCAGCAGCAGCCAUUCCCAAGCCUGAUUCUACCACCCAGUCUGACCCCUAUGGCCGACGGACGUGGCGCACCAGCAUGGUGCAGCUCUCGGGCAAGGACAGAGCCAUAAACGAGUUCACUGUCGAGAGGGAAGGCGAGGAGGUUGACAACACGCUAGUAGUCCUGCACGGCUACGGGGCCGGGCUUGGUUUCUUCUACAAAAACUUUGAGCCCCUUACCCGCGACCCUGGCUGGAGGCUACACUCUCUAGACUUGCUUGGCAUGGGCAACUCGUCACGGCCCUCCUUCAAGGUGUAUGCCAAAGAACAGAAAGCCAAGAUCAGGGAGGCUGAGGAUUGGUUUGUCGAUGCUCUUGAGGAGUGGCGCCGCAUUCGAAAAAUCGAAAAGUUUACACUACUAGGGCAUUCUCUGGGCGGAUAUUUGGCCAUAUCAUACGCCAUAAAAUACCCGGGUCGUCUCAACAAACUCAUUCUAGCCUCCCCUGUGGGUAUUCCCGAGGACCCAUAUGCCGUCAACGCGGAAAUGCCGGAGCCAAGCUCUUCGACCAUUGCAAAUGAGUUUACGCAAGACCAAAAAGAGGACAUCGUCAAGGCUACAGAGCCUGUAAAAGACAAGAACAACUUCCUUAACGCCCGGCCAAAAGCAGAGGCCAAGGCUACGAACGACAAGGAGCCGCCGAAAAGGCCAAUCAAUAAGUGGUUCGUCUGGCUCUGGGACGCCAACGUCUCACCUUUCAGCCUCGUGCGGUUGUCCGGGCCUUUCGGUCCACGUCUUGUCUCGGGUUGGACGAGCCGGCGCUUCAGCCACCUUCCCGAGGCUGAAUCUCAGGCCCUGCACGACUAUUCGUACUCGCUCUUCCGUCAACGUGGAAGCGGCGAAUACGCCCUGGCCUACCUGCUCGCACCUGGCGCCUUUGCCCGCAGUCCCAUGAUUAACAGGAUUCAGGAGGUUGGUCGGCAGGUCUUCAAAAAGGAGGACGGCUCCCAGACCCGCGAGACCGGCAUCCCUGUCGUUUUCAUGUACGGCGAGCAGGACUGGAUGGACAUAGGCGGCGGCUAUGCGGCGGAGGAGAAGCUCAAGGCCAGGUCUAGGCAGGCGCUGCUGCAAGGCACUGAGGAGGAGAAGAGGAAAGAGAACGGCAGGGCGAGGGUCGUGUCGAUCCCCAAAGCCGGCCACCAUCUAUACAUCGACAACGCCGACGAGUUCAACAGGGUUGUUAUGGAGGAGUUGAGGGCCACGGCGGAGCAGGUUCGCAAGGAGAAAUCGGCAUGAAGGAGAUGAUGGCAUGGUAGAGGCAUUAUUAGGAGUUUUAAGGUUUUUUUUUUCUUUUUUUUCUUUUUUUUUUCUGCACAUGCCUCUUCACGCUGGCUGCUGUACAAAAUAAGGAGGCACACGCUCUAUUUUUUUUUCUUGUUUUUUUCUCUCAUCUUGAAUUUUGAAUACUCAAAAUGCAUGGCGUCUCUGGUCGACUACUUACAUCCUUAUACUAUUCUAGAUUAGAAGCGCAACAGCUGGCCAGUCCUGAUCAGGGACUGGUUUAUAUAUACACGCGUUAUACAGGAACUCACGCGCAAACAUUUUCCUUCUUCACUGCUACUUUCAUAAAACCAUUACUAUCAUGAUUCAUU